AUGGUCGUGUCAAGAAGAAAAACAAAAAUUAACGUAGAAUGCAAGGUACUUACAGCACUCUCAUUCUACGCUACAGAAAGACAGGCUAUUAUAAAUGGAUUUUCAAAUAAAUAUGGUUUUCCUGGUUGCUUGGGGUGGAUUGAUAGCACUCAUGUAGCUAUGAUCAGGCCCACAGAACAUGAGGAAAGAUUUUUUAAUAGAAAACAUUACCAUUCUAGGAGUGUUCAAAUAAUAAAUAUGUGA